AGGGCAGGAGAAUCUCGAGUGGGAAGAAUUCUCAAAGAGGUACACCAGCCGUAUAAUGAGCUGCGUCGCCAAGGAGCACGUAAUCUGAAUCCAGUUCCUUACCACGCUGAGUAUAUGGGCCAUAAACUCCACCUAGACCAGAAUGAGAAGCUGGGAAUGUUUGGAGUGACGCAUGUCUUGGCUAUUGAUGGAUUCAGCAGCAAAAUUGUUGCUGAAUCCACAAUGCCAGUGAAAAACAACCUUGUUAUUUAUGAGGAAGUUUACAGGAAAGCAGUUGUCCAAAACGGCAUGUGGGACCAAAUCCGAGUGGAUCAUGGCAGGGAGUUUUACUUGACCCUGUACAUGCAAGAAAAGCUGUCUCAACACAGACGUAACAUCAACAGGCUACCUUAUGUACAGACAACUUCUUCAAGGAACCUUCGUGUGGAAAGAAUUUGGCCAGAGGUCAACAAUCGGGUGAACUAUCCAAUAAAACAGGCCCUGGUUCACCUGCUGGAUCAAGAGCUGCUCGACAUCCAGGAUAAUAUAACCAAAUUUUGUGUCUCCAACCUGGCAUGUCAAGUGAGUCAGAUUGGACUUGCCAGGGUUGUGCAGUCCUGGAAUGCCCAUAGGAUACCAGGCAGAGGGAUACCAAACCAACUUGCAGCUAAUUGUUGUCCAGCAAGAAUUCCCACAGAGCUGUUGCCCAACGCCGCCGAGGCAGCACACAUGUAUGAGCAGGAGUUGGGGUCCUCCCUGACUUGGGUAUCUGCCUUUGGCUCUGACCCAUUUUCAUCAGAGCAAGACCGAUGUCGUGCUGAGCAGCUGUUUGGAGAGAGGUUUCCAGACAUGUCUCUUCUUUUUGGAAAAGUGGUUAACAAUGACCAUAGUGUGUUUCAGGAGGCACUGUUCUAUCUGAUCAAUGUAACUGAAAGACAUGCAAGAUAAAUACAGUUGGGGGUAUCUCAUACUAGGCCAGUGGUAGACUAGGUACACAAAAAGUACUGUGUGGUUAUAUUUGUCACAUUUCUAAAGCUAGAACCUUAAGAUGUUUUUACAUGAAAAAUGCCUUCACGCCAAUUAAUAUAUCAAUUGACUUAUUGAUUAAUCAACUUGUUCUUUUCAGCUGUACUUGUGUAAAACUGCUAAUUUAUAACAUGAAAUUGUACUAAAUUUGUGAGCCGUCAAAUUAAUGUAGUGGAGUAAAAGUAGAAUAUUUCCUCUGAGAUUUAGUGGAGAAGUAAAAAGUCAUGAAAAGAAAAUACUCAAGUAUCUCAACUUUCCACCAAUGAACUAUGCAUAUGUUUGUACAGUAGUUGUGAGAAACUGAUUUAAGCUCAGUUGUAGAUGAAUAAAUUCCAAGUUUG